UGGAUAUAUGACUCCAGAGUAUGUGAUGUAUGGACAUUUAUCUAUUAAAUUAGAUGUCUAUAGUUUUGGUGUCUUAGUUUUGGAGAUAGCAUGGAAAAGUUGGAGGGAAGGGACAGCUUCAAAUCUAAUAGAUCCAACAUUGAGGACUGGUUCAAGAAGUGAAAUAAUGAGAUGCCUCCAUAUUGGGUUAUUAUGUGUGCAGGAAAAUAUAGCUGAUAGGCCAACCAUGGCUUCUAUUGUCCUAAUGCUUAAUAGUUAUUCUCUCACCCUUCUAGUACCCUCACAACCAGCUUUCUUUAUGCAUACUAGUGAUGGAUCUAACGUGUGCGUCACAACCGGGUCGGAUCGAUCCAAGACCAACUCACUUUUUACAGCACCAGAAGAUGAGGUUUCAUUGUUCCUCGUCGAUAGUGAAGAGAGAAGUCUCCUGAACAAAGAAAACACCACGAAGUCUUCUCCUAUAAUUCUGCCAUCACCAGAUAUUUCUUCAUCUAUCAAGGGAGAUUGCUCUUGA